AUGGAUUAUUUACAACAUAUGAGAAACGCAAAGGAACGCGCUCGUACACCUGCCAAGACGUACGUACCAGGUUCAGUGUUGAAAUCUCGUAACCUGAAUGCCAAAACGCCCAAAUCGGCAAAACGUCCACACGGGGCCGGUGGUGGUUCUUCAGUGAAGAAAGUUCACGGCAACACUUUCUGCACCCCAAGUAAGAUUCGAAAGUUGGACUAUGGAAAGCUUAACUCUACGGUGGCACCAGUACCGGUUAAAAAGCCUGCCCAAGAGUUCCAGAUCCCCGCACCACCGCCUGGUGUCGUUGUGGUCCCACCGACUAAGGCCGCGCUCCAGAAUGCCGAACGACAGAUGGCUGCCAUGAUGCCACCCCCACCCCCGGCAGCCUUCCCAAGGUUCAGCGACAUGAUGGAGAAAGACUUCGAAUGCAUCCCGGCCGAUUCACGGUCCUCCAUCUUCAGCCUCAAUUUGUCCAGCUCGACUUCGGUUGAUCAACCCGUUGCUUGCUCCUCGUCUGUGGCAACUACGAGCACGACCUCUCAAAACAGCAGUUUCAGCCCCAUUGUUAAAAAGUGUAUGGAAACAUUCGAGGCCACCAUCGAACAGAAGCUGGCACAAAUGUUCGAAAAAAUGCAAAACAUCCAACAACCGGCGGUGCCGGCCCGAGCAAUACCUUCGAUUAGCGUUAUUCCGGCUACACCGGCAGCAUCCGACGCUUACUCUCAACCGGACAGCAGUGACCAAGUGAAACCUGUGGCCAUCGAAGGUGCGCCUGCCAUCCCCUGGGACAUAAUCCGCCGGGAGAUACAAGAAGCGAUCCGCUGCGAAAUGUCGACCAUCAACGAUUCCCAGGUGCCAAAAUUUGAAAGCACACCACGUCAAAUGACGCAGUCGCAGAGAAAAGCACCCGUCGGAACCGGGAUUCGUAAUCCGGCCCUGCAACGUCUGAAGGACCAGGCGAAGGCUUCGGCAGCCAACGAUUCCGUCGACGAGCUAGAUGGUACUGUGGUGAUGAACACAAAAACGCCUCGCCGUUGGGAAGUUAUAAACGUUGAUAGCGACGAGGAGGAAGCCGACGAAAGUGGUGUGGUAGUGCGUCGCAGAGUUUCGAAAAGGUUGUCUGGCUCUCGUCGAGCUUUCGACGGUAUCGAUCCAAACGCAAGCCUUAUACAUCCGGCAGUCGCCAAAUCCAGCAAACCCACCACUAUCGACGAGAGCUACCUGUGGGAAGUAAACGAUGGUCAGGUUCGACGUCGUAGCACCCGCAUUUCAAUGCGUAAAAGCAUGGGCGGUGGACACAAACACAAGAAAGGCUGCUGCCCUUCAACCAAGAAGAAGCCUCGCUUCGAAACCCUCGCAGAGGAGGACGAAAAGGAAAAUGCCGAACCGGUCAUGAGAAGAAAAGCCGUUACAAUGACCAUCAGCAACAAGGUGAUUGCCAGCUACUUCCAAACUCCGAGCGCUGCUGGCAGUAAAAAGGGUGCCAAGAAGGUUGCCUCCGAACACGGAAAGGCAGUGUUAGAUCUCGUAAACCGAGGCACGAUCAAAGAGGUGCAAAUUCUUCCCACCGUUGGACUCAAAAUGUCAUAUCAAAUUGUCACUCAUCGCACAAUCAAUGGUAAAUUCAAGAAAAUCGAAGACUUGUCGAAGCUGUUUGCUGGUGGCAAAAAGUGGACUAAGUUUCUUGAGGCGAAUUACCUUUCAUAGAGCUGCUGUUUUGACUCGACUGACUGGCACAUUCAACAGAAAAUUUCUCAAUGAGCUGCAACGGCUGUUAUCCAAGGUCGUAAGUUUAUUUUAUUUUGUACUUUUCUUUUUUUAAAGAUUCCUUCACUUGAUAAGAACAUUUGUCGACAUUUUUCAUCUUCCCAUCAUUUAAAUGUAAGAGAGACUACAAGUAACAAAAUACCAUUUAUAUAUUCGCUGUAUUCGUCAGAUUGAUUUAAAACGUGAAUAUAAGAUUUCGAACGCCUGAUUUUUGAGCAGGGUUUGAAAUUAAACGAUGUAUUAUCUACUACUGGCAUGUGAACUCAUCUUGUAAUAGAUCACAGAAGAUCUGUCAAAAUUCCUCGUUUUUAAACCACCGGCAGAUGAAAACCCCAUUUUUAAACUAAAAAAUCGAGGUAUACCAUUUGUAUAGAAAACGUUUCAACACGCACAUUUGAACAAAAGUGAAUUUUAAGUUCGUGUAAUAAAACGGUAGAGAUAUUCUGUGAAAUGUACUGUAAUGCUUAUGC